AUGUCGCAUGAUGAAAGCAGUCUAGGACAGCACCAAACAAUCAUAUUUGACCACGUUAUAACAAACGUCGGUGGAUACUACAAUCGUCACAUGGGAAUCUUCUCUAGUCCAGUAAACGGCGUAUACACAUUUUCCUGGACUUUAUACUGCAUUUCUGAUGGAUAUAUUUAUUCAGAAAUUGUUGUUAACUCAAACGCUGCUGGUGCUAUGUAUUGUGAUGGCCAGGGAGCACUGAGUCUCAGACACACAACGGGUGUCGUUGUUGUGGAGAUCAACCUAGGAGAUGUUGUAUACAUCCGCACACAUCCUCAAGACCCUGUUGGCGGAGCUAUUCCUAGUUGUUCCACUUACCCAUCCUCAUUCAAAGGAUGGAAACUGUAUUAA